GUAGCGACCGAGCGAGACGGACGCUCGGUCGCUACGUAGCGACCGAGCUUUGGCUCGGACUUGGUUGCUAUGUAGCAACCGGAUAGCGUGCAUGUGCGGUAGUUUCGCAAUGACCGAGCUUGAGUUGUCCACUUUGAGCUUUCAAGGAUACUUCUUAGUAAAAACUUCGUAUUGGUUAUUUUUUACGAAAUUUUUUUUUUUCUUUUACUAUCUUUUCGGACAUACGAUUUUUGAGGGUUUUCGGGUGUUAAUUCCAUUAUGACUGUUUUUGACCCCAACAUUUACGACGAAUCAUUAUUCUUUGUUUUUACGACGAAAUCAUUUCCUCGCUACGUUACGACGAAUUAGCGAGGAAAUAUGCGUUACGACAAACAUAUAACGACGAAACGGGUUUUCUCGCUAAUUCCUCGUAAACCUUCUUUUUCGACGAAAUCACGGGGAAAACCGCCCUCGUAAAUCUUUUGUUUUCUUGUAGUGUCACUUCCACAAAGUAAAAUAUUUAAAAUUAUUACAAACGGAGUUAUCAUAACAUAGCAAUUAAAUUCAUGUUAGAUCAAAUUUUAAUUUAGCACAUUGUCCUGAGUCUGUGAUCAUAACCUUUCAUGAACAUUGCCAAAUAACCAAAUAUCUUAGCUCAUUGUUCAAUGUAGUUCAAAGGCCAGAAACGCAAACCUAAAAAGGUUUUGUGGUUUUUGCUCAACCUCCAAUUUUUCAUAUCUAAUUCUGAUAAGACGAAUGUUAUUUACUUUUAUGAUUCAACAUCUGUGGUCUUCUAAAUAUUAUUUACUUUUAAUUAUAGAUUGAUGCUUAAAGUUAUAUCAUAUAUAUGUAUGCAAUAAAUAAUUCAUAAACUAUAUGUAGUAUUCAGACGUUUGUAUCAGAUUCACUAUCAACUUAGUUUGAUGUUUACAUUUCUAUGAUUACUCAUGAAGAGAUGUUUAUAUUAUUCUAUAUUACGUGUUUUAUUAUAAAUUUUGCAUGGCACCCAUUAUAUCCCGUAGAAUAUGAUAUCACAAUUCAUGAAGAAUCAUAUUAUGUUUAUAUCAUAUAUUUGUAUUAAUACAACGUUAAUUAAUCUGAUAUAUCAAAUCUCGAGUAAUUUAAUUUUUCAAUUUGUCUCACCAGUGAUAUGGCAAUGGGCCAAUAUAGUAGUGAAACAUUGGCUUCAAAACAACAAAAAUGCAGGCCCACCCAUAAAAUCAAAAACCAUAUGUUUAAGCUAAAUUUAUUAUGCUAACUAAAGUUCCGUUCUAUCAAUCUGUAAUUGUAUAUUCUAGUAACAAAAUAUAAUAAUAGAUUAUGAAAAGUAUAAUGAAUUGCUGCUUUAGAAGACUGAAUCUAUAAGGGUUGGAAAUGAUAAAAUAUAUAUAGGUUAGCCUAUAAAUAAGAGGAUUUAACAUGAACUUGUCGAUGAAGUUCGUUUUUAGAUUAUGAAUGUCCUCAGAAUUUUCUAUAUCAGGUGAGAAAGCAUCAGAUAAUUAAUUUUUUUGAUAAAGACGUCUCUGAUUAUCGUUUUGAAGAAUAUAUUUUGUAUUCUAACCUUAAAAUAAUUAUGAAGAUGAAAGCUUAAAUGUAAAUUAUACUUAUUAUAACCUUUGUGAUUUAAAAAAAAUGAAUAUUUAAAUAUAUUCAACAUCAUAUUUUACCUACUAUAAUCAAAUUCUUUAUUUGAAUAAAAAGAUUUCCUUAAGUUACUAUUGAUGUAUUGCUAUAUUCAAUGUUAUAAUACCGGUUUGAACCAUGGACUAUUAUUCAUAUGAUUACACACGUUGAACCAAUACAUAACCUAAGGCAAUCACAUAAGAUUUGAAAUCAGCCCCAAGAGAUUUCACUAUAGUUUUCUCUUAUGCUUAAAGAAAAUGAUUUAAAAUUAAUAGAAAGGUUUUAAAUGAGUAUCAAAACUUUUCAUGAAGAAACCCACUAAUUUAAUAAAUGAUGUGACUAUAUCCAUCAUGAUUUGAAAGGCUGCACAAUGUGCAAAUAAAUUAUUUAAUUAAUGGGUUACAUUAUUUUUGCUUUAAAAUUUUACUUGAAAAACUGGUGAGUUUAGUUUGAUAGUCGUGCUUGCAUUUAUAGGAAUUGAUUAUUAGAUUUUAUUAUUAAUAUUAAACAAUAUAUGCUUCCUAAAUAUUUUCGAUAUACUUUAGGAAGUUCUGAAUAUAUUUCUGUAAUCAAAUAAUUUAAAUUUUUUGUAGAAAUGAUACACAUAAAUUAUAGGAACCAAUUUAAGAAACUAUAAUAUUCUAUUAUUUCUUAACAGUGUCACAAAAUUUUGGUGUCGUAAAUAUUCUUAAGCUAUCAUCAUUACAAACCUAGGGACUAAUAAACAACUACAUCAUCGGGUUUACUUGACUAAUAAAGGCUAUAUUGACAUACACAUUUCAAUCAAAUAAUAGAAGAGAAGUCAUAUAUGCUCACGGUAACGUAACCCAAGAUUGAAUAAAAGAUUUUUAUCUAAACUUUUAACAACGAUUAUCAGUGCUAGAAAUUUACCACCAUUAACGGAAUAGAGUGUCGUGAUUUCAGUUUGAAAUAGUUUAUCCACUAGAUUUUGUAGGCAAUGAACACCUCGCAUACUUGGGAUUUUAUGGUGAGUGGGUACAUCCAAGUAUAUUCGGUGUUAUGGUCAACAAGAACUAGGCAGUAUUUAUGGUUUUCAAUCGAGGUUAUAGGAGAGCUCCAGACAUCAGAGAAUAUGAUUUGAAAAGGACGAGAUGAGGUUAUAGAAGAUCGUGAGAAAUACAGUUUAUGACUCUUAUUAAUAGGACAGUGGGUGCAAGACAAAUGUUUCUGAGUAGAAGAUGACAAAGGUAAGUGAAACUGAGAAAUAAUAUAAAUUAAAAUAGAAUAAGAUGAAUGUCCUAAGUGGGCAUGCCAUUGCGUACUGCUGGUUUUUUGUGAGGGUGAAGGGAAAAGAGAAUGGAUGGUGGAUGGGGUCACUGACCACUUGAAGAGCUCGUUUUUAGCGUCCUUGGAGUAAUUGUACCCCCGUGCCGAGAUAUUUCACCUGAAAAUGAGCAGGGAAAAUUUCCACAGACAUUUGGUUAGAGUUACAUAAAUGAUAAAUGGUAACAUAUAUAUUAAGUUUUUAUUGAUUUUGGGAACACAGAGAAUAUUGGUUAUAUAUAAAGGUCGAAGUUUUGAAGGUAUUAAGGAAGAACCAGUGUGCGAGAUCGCGAGACUAGACCCAUCUCUUAUGAGUACUUCAUCGUUUCCAGAAUAUGGCUGAUGGAGAGACAUAUUUGCGAUAUCACUUGUGAUGUGGUUAGUUGCCUUGCUGUCCAAUAACCAGUUGUUGGCCGUGAACUGAAGUGCCAUAGCCACAUUUUCUCUUGGCUGCGAAGGUGUAAAUGGACAGCAUACAUCAUAAACGUUGCGGUUUUUCUGAGCUUGAGUACACCUGCGGGCACUAUGACCUUGAGUUCCACAUAGUUGCCAUCUCCCGAGGUAUGGACAAGGCUGAUAUGUAUCAUGUUGAUUGUUGUUUUGCUGCCAAUUGUUGUUCUUGUUGUUGUUGUUUCGGUUUGUAAACUUCAUGUUGUUGGGGUUGGAGCCGCGCUAGUUGUUGUUGGUGUUGGAACCUCGAUGUGUGGCUAUGUUUUCUGAGAUAGGAUGGAUCGUUUGUUGUAGAGAGCGGAUUAUAGUUUUGCUUCAUGGUUGAGCAGCCUCUCAUGAAUCUUUGUGAGAGAAUGAGUUGUCUUUAUUCUCAAUUUGAUCAGCCACAUUUUUGUAGUCUUCAGGAAUACCAUCAAUGACAAACUCCACUUGAUCUUCAGUAUUGUAAGGCUUACCAAAAAUCGUGAGUUGGUCAAACCUUGUGAUGAGUCCCUGCAUAUACACAUCAAAAGUCUUAUUUAUCUUUUUCCAGUCUUUAACAUGUUCUCUCAGUUGUUUGAUGUGACCACAUGUGGGUUAAGCAUACAUAGCCGCCAGUGUUUUCCAGAUUCGGUACGCAGUUGUGGCUGGUGAGAGCAGUGGUUGGAUGGUCGUUGAAAUGGAUCAAAGGAGAGCACUGAAUACAAGUUUUUCUUGUUUGUUUCAAUGUGAAUAUUCUUGAUUCACUGCAGGUACAAUAUCAGUUGCUGAAGGAACUUCGAGAGAGUCAUCUAUGUAGCCGGUGAGAUCAUAGGCAUCAAACAACACAUGGACUUGUCUGCUCCACAUCAAAUUGUGUGUGCUAGUGAGUUUCGUCACAUUAGUCAUGUUGACGCUCAAAAAUAUUUUGUUAAUGAUGAUGAUGAUGGUCUCUUUGGUUUAUAUAGGGGAUGAAGCUAUUUUGAGUGUUGUUUAGAGGAGGCAAAAAAAAAGAGUAUGAUUUUUAGGUAUGGUGGCUCUGAUAUCAUAUAGGUUUAAUGAUUUGAUUCAUUAGAAGUGUAAAGUACAACUUUAUAUACAGAUUUGUAUGACUAGGAUAUUGAGAAACUCUAAUUACAGUUAAACCUUUAAGCAUAUAUUUCCUUGUAUGUCUAUAUUAACCAAAAAAACACUUUUGGAUAGUUGAUUGUAUAAUAUAUAAAUCUGAAUAAGAAUAUAUUCGAAUAUGAACUAAGAAUAUUUUUGAAAAUUUUGAGGAAUACAAAAUCCUUAUCUUUCGAGGUUAAUUAAUAUUAUGGUUGGGUAUUUAAAACGGUUUAAAAAAAACUGUUUUUUUUUGCGGCAAACGGCUAUUCUAUUACUCAAACUUGAGGUGGUCUGAGAAGCCAGACCGGAAUAGAACAACCAAUAAAACAUAAAGAUCUAUGAAAAGAACGUGCAUUUCUAGCUAACGAAUCUACAAUUUCAUUCUGCGUCCAUGGAAGUACCUGAUCUUGAAGUCCGAAAAACACAAUCGAAGAGUUUGAAUAAUUUCUAGCUCAGUUGAGAAGUUGGGCCAAGCUUGUGGUUGUUCUAUCAUUGCAAUCAGAUCCUUGCAGUCCGUCCUAAACCUCUGACAGGUCGAGUGUUGUAUCAUACUCUCCAUUACCCAAUGUAGCGCUUCCAGUUCAGAGUGUAAAGUUGUCUCCCUACUCCUCAAGUUUCUUUGAAACAGGAUUGAUAAGACUGUUUACGGUCAUCUUUGGGUUUACUGUUGGGGCCCGGGCACGGGUCGGUCUAGCUGGCGUCGAAGAGAUCUAAGGAUCCUCCCACACAUUAAUUCCAUACCAUGAAUGCACUUUGCUUCUGAUGUCCAGAAGUAAUAGCUUCCUCGCGGCAAUAAUACUCGUCCAUACAUACGAUGGGGUAUCUGUUGUGCCAAUUCGCAUCGGCGAACUCAGACGGUAAUAUCUUUCCCGAAGAACUCUCGCCACUAGAGAAUCCGGAAAUUGAAUAAGACGCCAAAGCUGUUUAGCCAGAAGAGCUAGAUUAAAUUCAUGGAUCAUAUGAAAACCAAUUCCUCCCUCCUCUCUACACAUUUUUCCCCAUUUUGCCCAAUGAAUUCCUUUUUUCGGAGGAUUCGAACUCCACCAAAAUUGUGCAAUGGCACUUGCCAGAUUUUCACAUAUCUCCAAAAGAAGUAAAAAGCUAGACAUGACAUAGGUCGGAAGAGCUAACAAUAUUGAUUUAAUCAAAACCUCUUUUCCUCCCUUAUUAUGAUAACAUAACAAACAACAUCCCUAGAUCAAUGAUUUAUUCCCCUUUUUUUUAUAUAUAACAAAUUUUAGAUGAAAUUUAUUUAUUAUGUAUCCAUAUCAUUUUUUUAAGGCAACAUCUGUAUCGAAAUCUAUAUUUUUCAUUCUGAAUUGAAAAGUUUGGAUGUUGAGAUUGAUUUUUACCUAAUUGAAAAUGGUAGAGAAUUAAAUUAUAAGCCCACAGUUUUUAAAUCCAAAUUAAUUUAGCUGAAAACAAAACUACUGGGUUUGAGCCUCAUAGUCAUCAUAAGACAUAGGCAACUGGGUUGGGUGAAGGGUAGAAAAAAGUAAAGUGAAAAAGUCCUAAAAUCUCUAAACUAGUAGUGGCCGUCGAAGUCUCUCCGUUCUCUGACGUCUUUUGGGUCAAACUUCGCUGUAGAACGGAUGGAGCCGUCUGAAGGUUGUGAUAAAAAAUAAUAAUUACCUUUUUUAUGAUUUUGAAUAAAAGCUAUGUGUUUUGUUUGUUACGAUUACACAGAUGACAAGUCUAAUUUCGCCAAAGAGCUUUACGGAGAAGGUUUGCAGCUUUCGAAACCUGGUAAUGACGAUCACAAUCUUGAGGGUUUAGACGGAUCCUUCUUUGGAAGUUCAAAUGAUGAACCAAGUGAAGCUUACUCAAUGAACAAGGAGGCGGAGAAGAUAUGUGAGAAAUUUCACACGGUUGGAUACCGUGAUGGGAUUAGUGCUGGGCAAGAAGCUAAAGCGCAGGAAGGUUAUAACGUUGGAUACAUGGAAUCAGUCCUUGCUGGCUACAAGUUUGGUAUUGUUAGAGGUGUUUCCAGUGCGAUAGCUUUCCUCCCAGAUGAGCUCAGAGAAAAGCUGAUCGAUGAACAAGAAAAUAAAGACAAGUUUCAUAAAUUACACGAUUCUGUGCAUGCUCUCUCAACUGAAGCUGCAAUGAAAGUGUUUUAUGGCACUCUGACUACAAAGCAGGUGGAUGACAAGAGUGGAGAAGAAGGGUCUGACUCUAGUCUUGCUUCUGUUACUUCCACAACUGACUUGGCAAGCUAUGUAAGUGAGCUAAGCUCUCUUCUUGACAAAUCUCCUAAGAUUGAAGUUAGAUUGGACACAUAUACCAAGAGAAGCAUGGAGAAGAAGGCUUGACUUUUUGGUCCUGGUUCUGGUGCUGCAACCGACUUGGCGAGCUAUGUUAUGGAGCUAUGCUCUCUUCCUGACAAAUAGGAAGCUUGCAAUGCAAGAUGGUGAGAAUAUAACUUCAUUGGUAGUUUGGAUCGUCCCAAUAUUUAAUGAACAAGAGUAUACCAGUAAACAAUAAUAUUAUCCUUUUACGCAUAGCAUUCUUUCGGAAGAAAUACUUUUUGUUUUUCUGUCAUCAUCGGAAGAAACACUUUCCCGGAAGAAAUAUUGUAUUGCUAUUGUGAAAUCUUUACCAACAACUGAACAUGUCGUUUUGAAAAUCAAA